AUGGAUCGAUACGUUAUUAGAGAGCCAAGAGUUGCAGCAGAUUAUCCGCAGGGAAAUCAAAUGAUGCCUUUUCCAAUGAAUGCAGGGAGAAACAAUUUGCUACCACAAGAAAAUGUUUUCUAUUCUUCGAGUGGGUAUGGUCAUCAAUACACCAACAUACCAAAUGCGCCAAACCUGAGUUAUGUUGAUGUAAAUGCAAUGAACUCGCCAGCUUUUGGACAAAUGAAUAUGGGUCCUGGUCAACCUCAAAUGGUGACAGGAAUUGAUCCUCGUUACUUAGCGAACUAUUCUGACAACCGUGCUCAAUACAUAGUUACAGGUCAACAGAUGCAAGUAGAACCAAGCGCAGCACCCCUAGACACCGGAUUAGGAGCUAAUUACUUAAACUCCAACUUUGGAGGAGCUGAUAGGAACAAAGUUAAAACUUUCGUUCCUCAGGUCUUAACACAUAAUAAUAGUGCACCUCAUACAGAAACAUCAAAAAGUAAGACAUCUUUGGAAGGAAAUUCGAAAACAUCUUUUGAAAACCAGCAACACUCACGGACACAACCUAACACAAUCAAUGCACCCAAAAAAUCUGCAGACGGGAUUGAAGUCACCAAAAAAGAACCGCAGAAUAUGCUAGUUACAAAAAUGGACAGAUUGAAGGCGCUUCAGAAAAGCGGUCCGAGAGCGUUUUCCGGUCCAGUGGAGAAGGUGCUUAAAUGGCACAAGGCCUUACAAGACAUCGGCGUUUUUGUAUUUUAUGAGAUCAUUGCCAAAUGUGUUAGUAUAAGACCCGGAGAGUCUUGCGCUAAAAACCUCGUCAUAAGGGAUGACAAUGGACCAGCAAUGCAAGUCGUUUAUUACGAAAUCGAUUUCAUGUUACCAGAGUUAAAAGUUCCUUCUACUGGUUAUGCAAAAACGGAAUAUUCUGACGAAAAUGGAGAGUUGGUUACGGAAUACUUUGGACCCGGUUCUUUGCUAACUUUAUUUGAAAUCUUCCUUGGCAGAGUAUCACUGCGAUCUUAUAUGGCGUAUACUGAUUGUGAAUUACAACAAAAACUCAGAAAUAGGAUUUACAUUACAAAAACGAGAAGAAGUUCUUCAAAUAAUAAAAUUGUAGCUGAAAUUCAAGACUCUCGAUCGUUACCCGUUGAAGGUUACUUUUGGGGAGAUCCAGAGUCAGGAACCAAGGGUAUAAACAUACAACAAUUAACCAAUGAACGUAUCGGUGCCGUGUUUAGACAGGAUUUAAGUUACUAUUUCUACAAAAAAACUUUUACUAUUUUGGAUACAAUAAUUGGCGGCGGGGAGAUAAUACAAAGACAACUGGCCAGUGUCAGUGAUGUGGCUUACUAUUUGCCCAAAUAUGAAAUAUUUAGGGAAAUGGACAUCUGUCGUAAUAUAUGCAUUGUACACCGGGGAAGAGUAAAUAUUUACAAAGAUGGCAAGCAAAUUAUUAUACUCACUAAGGGUGACAUAUUCGGUCAAUUGGAAGGCGUAAAAGUACGACCCGUACGCGUCACUGCUGUGGCCGAAGAUUACGUGGAUUUGCUAUUGAUUGAAAUAUCAGCCUUCCAGACUAUCAUUACUGAAGAGAGACAUGAUGUGCCCUUGGAGGCAAUCGGUGGAACAUGGUAUUCCCGCUGGCUAUGUUUGGCUUGGUUAAUUGGUCCAUUUUGCUCGAGUUUUGCGGUCCUUAUAUUCGUACUUCUGCCUCCGGACUCUGAUUUAUGGUUUCGAUUAUAUGCACUGCUCUCUGUCACGGAUCUUAUAGAUUUGAUCAACUUUAUAGCAGAAUUUUAUUCGAAUCAAAAGGCUCCUUACGUUUUGAAAUUUGCUAUUAUUUUGUUGUUGUUACACUUGUUUACUACUGGAUGGAUUUUAAUUGGAUGUCAACAAGCAGAAUUGCCAACGGAUAUCGUAAGGGCACGUCAACUGAAUAUAACUAUGGACUUUACUCAGUGGGUUCCGCUUGAUGCGAGAAAAAACGGAUGUGCUAGAGUUACAAGAACAUUUAUUGAUAGUGACGGCAAAAUUAAUCCUUCUUUUGUAGUGCCUAAAUAUUGGCUUCACGAUUAUGUGGUUGCAUUGACCUAUAUCUUGCUUAUCCAUACCCAUACCAGCAUAGAUACAGGGUUCGUCAAAGUAGAGUCUCAUGAUGAAAACGGUGAAAUAGUGGAGACCUAUUAUGGUCCUGGUUCUUUAUUAUCGAUUGCUGCUGUAUACUUUGGCAAAGAAUCGAUGAGAUCAUACAGUGCGUAUACUGAUUGUGAGGCAAGUAAAAUUGAAGUAUUUAAUGGAUCGCAAAAUGUGUUGUACCAACAAAAAUUAAGAGAGCGAAUACAUGUUACAAGAUUGUCAAUGAUAUCCACAGCAAAACUUAUUCCUGAAUUACAAGAAAAUCGUUCGUUGCCACUUGAAGGUGAUUUUCAGGGAGAUCCGGAAUCCAAAACGAAGGGCAUUGGGAUGGCUCAACUGACAAAUGAAAGCAUUGGUGUUGUGUUUCGUCAGGACUUGAAUUACUUCUUUUAUAAAAAGACAUUCGGUAUUUUGGAUACUAUAAUCAAAGGCGGUGAGGCAAUGCAGAGACAGUUGGCGAGCGUCAGUACACAGGCGUUCUUUCUUGAAGGACACGACAUCUUCAGGGAAAACGAUCUUUCAACUUACUUGUGUGUUAUACAUCGAGGGAAAGUAGUGCUGAAGAAAAAGGACAGAAAACUAAUAGUUCUUACAAAGGGAGAUAUUUUUGGUCAGCUGCUAGGUACAAGGAAGCGACCUAUUCGUGUGACGGCGACGGCUGAAGACAAAGUCGAUGUUCUGUAUAUUGAGCUAGAUGCGUUUCAAAGCAUCAUCACUGAGGAGGUACGCCGUACGAUUAUGCGUAACCCGCAACAUAAGAGUGAUUUCUUAGCAACAAAGAACGUAACGCUUGAGAAUCCAUACGAUACAGUUAAAUACCUUUUACGAGGACGAAAGACAAUCAAACUACCGUGGAACGAUUACCCGACGGACGUUAGCCAUGGCUCAUGGUAUUCGCAUUUCUUGCACCUGACGUGGUUCGUUGGACCUUUCGUCACUACCGUUUGUGUCAAUUCCUUCGUCGUGUUGCCCACCGGACACAAUCUAUGGUACAGAGUAUAUCUAAUACUCUUUAUUUGUGAUGUAAUCCAUUUGGCGAACUUCAUAGCGGAUUUUUAUUCAAGAAGACUGGCACCAAUACUAUUGAAGAUAGCGAUUUUGAUUUUGGUCAUUCAUUGUUUCACUUGUGGUUGGGUGUAUGUCGCUUGCAGGAGAAAUGGCAAGUUUCCCAUUCCUAUCAGGGAUAUGCGGGAUAUGGCCAAAACAAUUGAUUUCAGUCAAUGGACACAUCCUGACGACAGGGGCGAAGGUUGUGCGCGGGCUACCAGAGAUAUUCGAGACGAGGAAGACCCAGCAGUAUCUAUUCCCACCUUUGUAGUGCCCAAGUAUUGGCCCAACGAUUACAUCGUUGCUUUGACGUACAUUCUACUUAUACAUACACAUACAAAUAUUGACACGAUAAUGCCUUUAUCAAUAAACGAAGUAUAUUACAAAGUAAUUACGACAUUCAUUCUCCAACUAUUGGAUAUCUACAUAAUGGCACUGGCUAUUAACGCAGCAUACACAAAGUAUCGAGAACUGUACCAGUAUAAUUUCUCUAUAAAAAGCAUGCUUAUCUAUUUGACUGACUCGGGACUUAGUAGAUCUUUAUCGGAUAAUGUUUGGGCUUAUACUGUGCAGCUAUGGAAAAGGCAGAAAGGUGAUAAACUCCCUAAUCUAGCUUACCAGGGUCCUCCAUGUUUGCGCCAGGACCUCUUUACUGCUCUUUACAUACAUCACUUGGAAGCUCCUCCAACAUUUCGCAUGCUGCCUGACUAUUUCAAAAGGCAACUAGCAGCUAGGUUGCAGAGGACUGUUGUUUUUCCUGGGAAAUGUAUCGUAAGGGAGGGAGAUACCUUCAACAUUACUUACUUUAUCCAUGAAGGGGAAGUGGAAAAGUGGUACAUCGACAAAUCGGGUGAGAAUAAGCUGAUGUCAGUGCUUUAUACAAAUGGAUAUUUUGGCUGUAUGCCGGGAUUGUUCGUCAAUGUAGGAUUCCACUUCUCGUACUACUCACGAACGCUUUUACCAGCGGCCUCGCUUCCAUCAAUUUACUACCAACCUACCGACACCAACCAACCAACCUGCUAUCUAUACUACUCUACCACUCCUACUGAAAUCGGUUAA